CAAAGGGUUGAGAAUAAAAUAUAUUUUACAACAGUGGUGACAAAUUAUUUUUGAUAAAUACUUGCUCAAGGGCAAAACCAGACAGUUGGGGAAGGGAGAAUCAUAAUGGGUUCUAGCUCAGUUGGCAGUGUUCACAUGAGGUGGUGGGUUGAAGGAUGAAAUCCCCUAGGUGGACCUAUUCUGUGACUGUUUUUCCUCAUCUCAUCCAGUGCCCCAUGACUCGUGUAUUAUGUAUAUAUGUCAAGGACAAUGGUACAUGCUGUCUUGUCUGCAACCCAGGGUAGAAAUUAAAAAUAUUUCCACUGAUUUAGGGGAGUAGUCUCCAAGAAAAAUCAUUAGUCCUCCUCUUAUUGGGACAUCAUGAGAAGAUAAAAUCUGUAUAGGUUCUAGCAAGUUGUUAUGGUUUAAAGUGCCUAAUUUUCCCGAACUGUUCACAACCAGCAAACUUGAAGACAAAGACAUAGUGCAAAAUUUACAUGCAGUAAUGAGGAAAGUCCCUCAGCAAGUGGUAGUGGUGACCGCAGCAGUGUUUGACAAAGAUAAGAAGAUGUGGAAAAAACGAGGCAUUACAUGCAGCUCUUUUACUAGUGUUUCUUUUUUUCCACCCAUUGUUUCAUUCUGUCUUUACAAACACAGCAGUAUGCAUGAUCUUCUGCAAUCUGUGGACCAGUUCGCUCUUCAUGUCUUAGCUAACAAUCAGGUUCGGCAUGCAAUGCACUUUGCUAAUAACCCUGGUGAAGGCAGUUGUCAGUUUGAAGCAAUACCACAUGUACAGGGGAAAGAGGGCCUUCCCAUCAUCAUUGGCUCGUUAGCUGUGUUGCUCUGCCGAGUUCAUUCCAUCCACACAGUCGGCGAUCACCAAGUCUGGUACAGCAGGGUCACCGGGGUCAGUGUCUCGGAACACUUACAAGAUCCACUCUUGUAUUUCAUAAGGUCAUUCUGCUCUGUUGGAGAUGAGGUAUUUCUGCAGGCAUUUGAGCAUGCGACGUUACCUUUUGAAGACUGGUCACAUGAAGCCCACAUCAGGAUGGCGUGGAACUACAUCAGAGAAUAUGGAAGAGACGCCGCCACACCUCAUAUUAAACUUGGGAUACAGAAGUUUAAUGAACAAAAUAAAGACAAAAUAAAAACAGGGUACCAUGAAACAAUCACCGUGUUUUUUAUCCACAUGGUGGCUAAUGCCAUUAAGUCGUGCAAUCCCGACAUGCAGUUUCACGAAUUUUUAGAGGAACACAGAUAUCUGUGCGAUGGAGACUUCAUGUUUCAGUAUUACAAUAAACACACACUGUUCAGUGAGGAGGCCAGGCACAGAUUUAUCCCCCCUGACAAGAAACCUUUACCAUAAGCUUCAUCUUAACAGUGAUGUUGGAAAUACAUUCAACAGAAGUGAUAUCAGCCAAGGUGAAUCGUUCCUUGAUUUGCUGUUAUAUGGAGUACCAAACAGUUACCUCAAUUUUACACAAUUAUAGGUAGUUUUAUAAUGGAAAAUAUAUCAACAAGUUACAAUAUAUGGUAAAUGUGGA